AUGUCGAACUAUUCACCUUAUCCGCCCACUUCGAUGCCAGAUCCAAGGCUUGGGCCUCCGAUACCAAUCUCGCACAUGCCAGGUCCGAGCGGUAACAAGAGACUCGCUCCUCCUCACCCGCAUCCGAGCGAAACACCGGCCAAGAAGAAGCAAUCGAAAUGGACCGCCGACGAAGAUCGAUCGAUCAUCGAGCUACGAGGGAACGGUAUGAAAUGGGAAGACAUUUCAAAGCACUUACCUGGGCGAAGCGCGAUCAGCUGUAGAUUGCGCUUCCAAAACUACCUUGAGCGACGCUCCGAGUGGGACGAGGAGAAGAAGAACAAGCUCGCUCGACUCUAUGAGAGGUUCAAGAAGGACAUGUGGGAAAAGAUCUCCAAAGAAAUGCAAUUACCUUGGCGAGCAGCCGAAGCCAUGCACUGGCAAAUCGGCGAGAUUGAGAUGGCUCAAAGAGCAAACGUGCCGGUAUUCCACCUCGCUGGCCAGCAACCGGGUUCGUCUCAAGCAGGCCCAGGUUCCGAGGGAGGAUCGAGCACGUCUCCGUUAUCAGGCGGUGGACCCCCAUUGAGCGGAAUCGCAUAUUCGCACACGCACAACCAUAGUCUGCCCCAAGUGCAACAGCCCAUCUCUCACCCCGUCUCUCCGGUCCAGUCGAGACUACGGCGUAGCAGCGACGAUUCUUCUCCCGGCGGACCGUCACUGCGCCGUCGCGCCGAUUCUGCACGCUCGGUGCCAAAUUCCACCACGCUCAGCCGAGCACCAUUGCCGCCGCUCGCCGACGUCACACGUCCUCCGGGACACGCUAUACGCUACACCCUACCGCCAGUAGUGACAUCGUCCGAGCGACGAUGAAAGUCUUCGUUUCAACUAUUUUCGCAUAGCACACGGAGCGAAUCUUUUCGGGUCUGCAAUAUCGCAUUUGCAUCAGCGGAAUGAGACUACGACUUGACGCAUGCAUAUAGAGCCGCACGGUCUCUUCGCAAAAAUUUAUGUACAACAGCUGACGAUAUGACGAGACGAUUUGUAGAAUAGGCAUGACUUAGUUAGACAGGAGAGCAGUUGAGGCGAUUUGAGCAACGAAUGUUAAUGCCGUUAGAUUCAGCAUCGGAAUCCGAGCAGAAGGACUGUCGCUCGACGUUGAAAUAAAAUUUGUGCUCCCGAG